AUGCCGUCCCUCGGCUUCCUCAAGAAGAAACGCACAAAGGACUCGCAAGGCAGCGCCUCCGACUUCGCCCCCAAGAGCCCCGUCUCGCCCCCGGGCUUCGACAAAGCGGGCGCCGUCGGCGACUCCCCCAUCGACCGCGUGCUGAGCAAGAACAGCGCCUUUAGCAGCGAGCCCGACUCCUUUGCCGGCGACACGGGCGGUAGUGUGCCCCCGACCUCCAACGCCCCGCCCACCAGCAACCCCGAAGGCAUGCAGACCCAGAGCAGCAACAGCCCGAGCAUCGCGAACCUCAUCAACCAGCCCAACAACAACGACAGCGGCUACAACUCCAACGCGAGCAACGAUGGCGCCGGCGUCCCGCAGCUCGGCAACCCGAACGCAAAGCACAACUCCAACCCGACCCGCGAGACCAAGGGCAAGUACACGCUCACCGACUUCGCCAUGCAGCGGACGCUUGGUACGGGGUCGUUUGGAAGAGUGCAUUUGGUGCAGUCGAAGCACAACUCGCGCUUCUACGCGGUUAAGGUGUUGAAGAAGGCGCAGGUGGUCAAGAUGAAGCAGGUCGAGCACACGAAUGACGAGCGGCGGAUGUUGCAGCGGUGUCGGCAUCCUUUCCUCAUUACGUUGUGGGGCACGUGGCAGGAUAGCAAGAACUUGUACAUGGUAAUGGAUUUCAUUGAGGGUGGCGAGCUGUUUAGCUUGUUGAGGAAGUCGCAGCGCUUCCCGAACCCCGUCGCCAAAUUCUACGCCGCCGAAGUCACGCUCGCGCUCGACUACCUGCACAGCAUGAACAUCAUCUACCGCGAUUUGAAGCCUGAGAACUUACUGCUCGACCGCCACGGCCAUCUCAAGAUCACAGACUUCGGCUUCGCAAAGGAGGUGCCGGACAUUACAUGGACGUUGUGCGGGACGCCAGAUUACCUCGCGCCGGAGGUGGUGAGUAGCAAAGGCUACAACAAGAGCGUGGAUUGGUGGUCCCUCGGCAUCCUCAUCUUCGAAAUGCUCGCCGGCUUCACCCCCUUCUGGGACAGCGGCUCUCCGCUCAAAAUCUACGAAAACAUCCUCAAAGGCCGCGUCAAAUACCCGCCCUACAUCCACCCGGACGCGCAGGACCUGCUGUCCAAACUCAUCACCGCGGACUUGACAAAACGCCUCGGCAAUCUGCAUGGGGGCAGUAAGGAUGUGAUGACGCACCCGUGGUUCGCGGAGGUGACGUGGGAAAGGCUGGCGAAGAAGGACAUCGAUGCGCCGUAUGUCCCGCCUGUGAGGGGAGGAGCCGGGGACGCGAGUUUGUUUGACAAGUAUCCCGAGGAGACGGAGGCUUAUGGGGUUACGGGGGAGGAUACGCAUGGCAAGUUGUUCCCGGACUUCUAA